AGUUGGUGAAAGUUGGUGGUUUUCAAUCGGGCAGAGGAAUUGCUUAAAUUCCAGGCUCCUCCAGUGUCCGAAAGACUUGUGUCCUUUAUUCCCUCUCCUACGAAAAAUCAGCGGCAUGCCUGAGCCAUCCAGGUACGAAUACUUCAAAGACUGCUCAGCGGUGAAAGAGCAGAGAGCAGAAGCUGAACGGAAACGUGAUGUGGAUAAAGCAUGGCCAAGUGGUGAUUGUUUCAGCAAAAGGACGUGGUUGCUGCUUAUCAUUGGUCUCGUGGUUCUUGCGACCUUCUUCGCCAUAUUGAGCCUCAUCAUAGUGUCAGCGAAAGUUUCAGGGAUGUAUUCCGAAAUGAAAGAAGUACAGGACACGCUGAUGCUGCAGCUUUCACAGUUCAAAAGAAAUGUAUCCGAAGAGGGUCAGAGAAAUCAAAUGGCUGGUGAACUGGCUGAGCUGAAAACUAUCGUGUUUGAAGAACUACAGAAAACCCAGAGUAACAUGACCGACCUGAACUCCAAACUGAAACUGGAAAUGUUUGAAGAACUACAGAAAACCCAGAGUAACAUGACCGACCUGAACUCCAAACUAAAACUGGAAAUGUCUGCAGAACUACAGAAAAUGCAGGGUAACAUAACCAACAUGAUCUCCAAGCUGAAACUGGGAAAUUUCUCUUCGCCUGAGUGCCCCAGAAACUGGAGAUGGUUCAAUGCGCACUGCUACUACUUCACAACAAAGUCAGGCUCCUGGCAUUUUGCCAAAGGACAAUGUGUCGCCAUGGAUUCACAUCUGGUUGCCAUCAACAGCGCUACAGAGCAGAACUUCAUUAAAACGGAAGGAGCCCCUGAACGAUAUUGGAUUGGCCUGUCCGACUCGGAGACUGAAAAGAUUUGGCAGUGGGAGGAUGGUUCAGACUACAGUUCAACACCAAAGUUCUGGGCUGCUGGUGAACCCAAUGAUGCCCACGGGCGUGAGGACUGUGCCCACAUUGACAACAGAGGAUAUUGGAACGACAUCAGCUGCACCACCAAGUUCAGAUGGAUUUGUGAGAAAAGUCUUACAUGAACUUCGCGACACUGGGCUUGAAAUUGCCACCAGCUGACGUUGGCAGUCGUUCUACUGGAAAUACUAUGUGGCAGGCAAAUAA